AUGGCAAGUUGCUAUGGCUUCGACGGAUGGCUCCUCAAUGUUGAGGCCAAGACCUACGGUCUAGACAAGGAAACCUGGCGAGAUGGGGAAGCCAUGGACGAAUUUAUCAGGAAGCUGAAGGAAGGACUGGUCAAUCAUGGGGUGCCGAACGAGGGUUCAAUGGUAGCCGACUAUGAAGUGCAGACAGACGAGAGUGUCAUGAUUGCUGGAAACACAGCACUUCAAGCGGCUUGA